AAAAAGAAAGAGGACAAGAAAGAAAGAAAAAGAAAAGCGAAGGGAAAGCCAGGAGAGAUUCGAUCGAGCGAGCCAAACCACCACGGGCCUCGCCGUCUUCCCCCCUGCUCCCUCCCAUGCCCUAGCAGCGAGCGAGCGAGCACGCGCGCGGCCGCAGCCUUCCAGCCAGCCAGCGACGGAGGAGGGAGGAGCGAGCGGAGGGGGCGAGGGAGAGCACCGUCCAAGCCCAGCCCGAGGUCUUCUCUUUGGUGUGCUCAUGAUUUAGUACCAGCCAUAUUGACCUCUUACUCUAGUGACACAGGCUGUUGCUAGGGUAGCAAAUCAAGAGCUAAGAAUGGCGGAUUCAAUGGUAGCGAGCUUCUGGGGGCCUGUUACAUCAACAACUGAGUUGUGCGAGGAGAAUUAUGCGCACUCAUCAUACAUUGCAGAAUUCUACAAUACCAUCUCUAAUGUCCCAUGUGUUCUUUUGGCGCUUAUUGGGCUAGUGAAUGCUUUCCGCCAAGGUUUUGAGAAACGAUUCAGUGUCCUGCACAUAUCCAAUAUGAUACUUGCUAUUGGGAGUAUGAUUUUCCAUGCCACCUUGCAACACGUCCUACAACAGAGUGACGAGACUCCGAUGGUGUGGGAGAUCCUCCUAUAUAUGUAUGUCCUUUAUUCACCGGACUGGCAUUACAGGAGCACCAUGCCUACAUUCCUUUUCCUAUACGGUGCUGCCUUCGCUGUAGUUCAUUUCUUUGCCCGAUUCCAAGUUGUAUUCAAGGUGCAUUACAUUGGCCUCUGCCUCCUCUGCAUCCCUCGGAUGUACAAGUACUACAUACAGACGAAAGACGUGGCUGCAAAGCGGCUUGCGAAGCUGUGGGUUCUUACGUUAACCCUUGGGACUCUCUGCUGGCUAGUUGAUCGCAUCUUCUGUAAGAAGCUUUCACACUGGUAUGUCAACCCGCAGGGGCACGCAUGGUGGCAUGUGCUUAUGGGCCUCAACUCGUACUAUGCAAACACAUUCCUAAUGUUUUGUCGGGCUCAGCAACGUGGCUGGGAGCCACGGAUUACCCAUCUUCUUGGAUUUUUGCCUUAUGUCAAGGUCCAGAAACCAGAAAAGAGGGAAUGAGUUCUAUUUAUGUCGAGCACUGAUGCUAUUCAGUCCGCCACCAGUAAGCUAAUGUCCCCCAAUGUGUGCAGACAAGUUGUGGCAUUUUUGUAAAUGGGCAUCCAAAUGAUUACGGAAUAUAAAUGUUCUGAUGUCACACUAGAUUUUGGUAACUUAAACUGACACCUGUUUUGUACCAUACUUAAUCGUCAAACAGAGAUUAGUUGGGAGUGUUGGUGUCCUAGUUUUGGUCAUCUUCCUUUUUGGUUUCUUUGCAGUUGCCUUUUUGGUGCUAAUAGGACUGAGUCUUAUUUAUUUGUUUGUCGUUGAAUGGAGUCCAGUUGUAUUAGUUGCUACUGUGUAUGGAGAUAGAUCCAUCCAUAUGACCAUUGAUUCUUUUGACUGAUGUUACCACACCGCUGGAAACUUUCUUUA